AUGUCCGAAUCGGUCCCGGAACUACGCUUCCGAUCGGGAAAUGUUCCCACGCGCUAUUUCAAGGCAUGUCGCUGGUGUCGCAAGCAAAAAAUGCGCUGUGAUGCCCGAAACCAGGUCCCUUGCGCCCGUUGUCGCGCCGUGGGCCGGGAUUGCAUUCUGGAUCCGGUUGAGAGCGCAAGGCGACAGAGUACCCGACGGUCAUCCCCGGCAACUCGUCCUAUUAGGCGCCAACCGGCAAGGUCUCCUUGGACCGAACCACACGGAUUCGGGAGUCCUUCUCCCAGAGAACAGGAUUACUCUACAUCCACUACAGUACAAGAUGUGCCAAUCAACGCCUCGCUCGAUUCGCUUCCAGAGUCUACUGCCGCAGCGGAUUUGAGUUCGCCCGGAACAGCAGAGCGACAUGCACCGGAGCCCCAACAGUUGAGUCCUAAUGACAUGAUCGCCCCGGUUUCCGUGAUGCACUCCAUGUCGGUCAAUUUACUGGGAUCAAGCAGCAUCUUCAUGGACAGCUCCAGCAAAGCGGAUCCUAAGAGCGAUAUCAUCGCCCGUGGGAUCAUCAGUGAAGAGCAUGCACGAGUGAUGUAUGACCGCUUCAUGGGUGGCAGUAAGAACUUUCUGGCUCUGUUCGAUCCCAUUCGGGACACGUUCGAUUCGGUCCGCUCUCGCUCCCUUUUCUGCUUCUCUGUCAUCAUCUACCUCGCUAGUCGGGCUGUGAUGGACUUGCGGAGUGAUACUCAUCUUCAACGUGUUCUUCAAGAUGAAGCGCAGAGACUGGCCGAGGAUAGUUUCUUUGAGCGCCCCACCAAAGUUGAAACCGUACAAGGAAUGAUUCUGCUGGCAGCCUAUUCUGAAAAGACGUGGUUUUCAACCGCACUCAUCUUGCGUACCGCCCUCGAUUCCGGGCUAGAGAAAUCGCUAGAUGCCUUACUGUCUCAAGAAAACGUGCCGCGCAGUUCUUUGUCGGCUUCCAUGGAAGACCGUAAGCUAGUGUGGCAGACCAGGACUUGGCUAAUCAGCUUCACACUGGAACUGGACGUGGCGUCCGGAACAGGCCGCAAAUCACGAAUUGAUGCAGUGGACACGAUGAAAUUGCGCAAAUUCCUCGAGUAUCCGCUAUCCUUACCCUGUGAUAUGCGCACCAUUUCCAUCAUCGAGAUCCACCAGCUCCGAAGCCAAUCGCGCAUUUCCAUCGAGAACGCCAAGACCGUUGAUGAAAUUGUAUUGGUUGAGCUGCCUGCGGUCAUGAAAAGACUGCAAAACUGGUGGAACACAUGGGAUGAAAUCCAUGGCAACAACGCCUUUCAUGCUGGUGCCUUCCAGCGCUGUAGUCUGAAGUUGAUGUUGAACUACGCCCGAAUCUUCGUCCUAUGCGCCUCCUUGGCCCGUAUCCAGAAACUCCAAUCCGGUGCUGCUGAUCCCAACUCGGAGACAAUAGGCGACAAGGAUGUCUCACAUUUGUGGCGCGCUCUCGCUACGACCAUCAUGGAUCAAUUGGAUUGCUUCAUUCAAGAAAGUGCCUACCGCUGCCAACUCACGUGGUCUCCUACCUAUCCAGCCCUGACCCUUGCCUUCGUCACAACGUUCGCUCUCCGGAUUGCUCGAUGGCGUCCGGACUUGAUCGAUCAGGAUCUCCUGCUUGAGAGGGCCCAGCUGAUCUGCGAUUUUCUCAAGCAGCCGCCCUAUCCGGACAUCCACCGUACCGUGUCCAUCUUCGUCAACUACGGUCGCGCCCUAGUCGCUAGCCAACGAGGGCAUGGGGACUACUGUGCAGAAGUGACAAAGCCCUCAGAACAAGCCAAUGGGCAGUUCUCAUUAGGUAGAGGGACAUACGGAGUCCCGGUGGAUGUGUCAACUUCUUCCGGGAUGGCAUCCGAACAGGUGAACUACCCGGCAGGCGCAAUGACCCCUCAGGCCGACAAGGAUAGUGGUGCCGCUGGGGUACCCAAUGCUGAAAGAAUUGCGCCUGGCAGACAGCUCCCUGCCAGACUGCCGGGGCCAAUGGAAGCUCCCAAUUGGUCGAUGUGUAACCCCAUUGCCGAUUCAUUCGGCUUGUUCGAAGAGGAGCAGAACGACAUCUUUGACUUCUUACCAAUGAUGCCGUCAAUUCCACAAUAG